UCAAACACAGUCGAUCCCAGAUAGAGUCGAUCCUUAAUUUUGUCACAAUCUGAACCGGAAAUCAGGCGAAGUCUGACUAACGGUGACUCUGCAGCGGGUUCAGCCCGGAGCUUUUAGCCAUGGUCUUCGAGUCUCUGGUCAGCGACCUACUCAACAGGUUCAUCGGAGACUAUGUGGAGAACCUGGACAAAUCCCAGCUCAAGAUCGGGAUCUGGGGAGGAAAUGUUGUACUUGAGAACCUGAAGGUGAAGGAAAAUGCUCUGAGUGAGUUUGAUGUUCCCUUCAAAGUCAAGGCUGGACAGAUUGGGAAGCUGACGUUAAAAAUUCCCUGGAAGAACCUUUACAACGAUGCCGUGGUUGCCACGUUGGAUGGUCUGUACCUGCUGGUCGUUCCUGGAGCCACGAUAAAGUAUGAUGCAGCGAAGGAGGAGCAUUACCAGCAGGAGGCGAAGCAGAGAGAGCUGCAUCGCAUUGAGGAGGCGUUACAGAUGGCUGCACGCAGAGCGUCUCAGACUGGAGAUCUGCUGUUCAGUCUGGAGAGUGUUGUAUACAAGGAGGCUCACAUCCCAAAAGGACUUAAAAAACAUAAAAAGCACAAAAAAGGCUUGAAGAAGCUGAAACGACAUGACAACAAAGCAGAGAAACCUCAGGAUGAGAAGAAAGACACGUUUGUGGAGAAGUUGGCCACCCAGGUGAUCAAAAACCUGCAGGUGAAGAUCAGCAGCAUCCACCUGCGCUAUGAGGAUGAUCUAUCGGACCCACAGCGACCCCUGUCUAUGGGAGUAACACUGUCAGAGCUCAGCCUGCAGACAACUGAUGAGAACUGGAAGUCGUGUAUCCUGAACGAAGCAGCAAAGAUCAUCUAUAAGCUCGGUCGUCUUGAGUGUCUCUGCGCCUAUUGGAACGUCAACAGCCCCAUCUUCUACAAAGGAUCAUGGGAGGACAUUGUGGACCAGUUGAGGAGUGGGAUCAGCAGUAAAGACCAGCAGCUGCCUGACUAUCAGCACAUUUUCAGGCCGAUCUUUGCCUCGGCUAAAAUGUGCAUCAACCCAAAUGCUGAUCUGGAACUGAAAACUCCAAAAGCAAACCUUCACCUGGAGGUUCAGAACAUCGCCUUAGAGAUGACCAAACCACAGUACCUGACCAUGGUGGAGAUGCUGGAGUCCAUCGACUGUAUGGUGAAGAAUGCCCCCUACAGAAAGUUCAGGCCUGAUGUCCCUGUUCACAGGAAUACCAAACUCUGGUGGAGGUACAGCUUCAACAGCAUCAUGGAGGUCCACAUCCGGCGCGACAGUCACAUGUGGUCCUGGUCCAACAUCAAACAGCACAGAGAGAACCUGAAGGCCUACAAGACUGCCUACAAGACCAAACUGCUGAGCCAGAGCAAGUUGAGCCAGGUCAUGGACCAACACAUUCAGGAUCUGGAGAAAAUUCUGGAUGUAUUCAACAUCACAUUAGCCCGACAGCAGGCCCAGAUGGAGGUGAUCAGAUCAGGACAGAAAAUGAUGGGGAAGAAGGUGGCGGGGGGCCAGAAGCAGGGAGGAGGAGGAGGUUUCUUCAGCAGCUUAUUUGGGAGGAAGACUAAGAAGGAGGAGCAUGAGGAGAGCAAGGAGACAGAAAGUUCGGGGCUGGAUGAACUCAUGACAGCUGAGGAGAAGGAAAAACUCUACACUGCCAUCGGCUACAGUGGCAGCUCUCAUAAUCUGAAUUUACCCAAACAGUACGUAGCCAUAGUCGUCACCUUCAAGCUGUUAAGGACUUCGGUGACAGUCAGAGAGCAGCCUGAUGUCCCAGAGAUCCUCAAGAUCCAGAUGCUUGACCUCAGCACUAAAAUAUCUCAGAGACCUGGAGCUCAGGCCAUCAGGGUGGAGGUGGCAUUGGAGCACUGGUAUGUUACAGGUUUACAGCAGCAGGGGGUGGUACCUUCACUCAUCGCCUCAGUUGGAGACUCCUCCUCCUCUCUCCUCAGUGUUGUGUUUGAGUUAAACCCAGAGGAGAACACCGCCGACCAGCUGCUCAGAGUCCACUCACAGCCCGUUGAGAUUAUCUACGAUGCGCUGACAGUGAACAGCAUGGCCGAGUUUUUUAAGACUGGGAAAGGUGUCGAUCUGGAGGUUCUGACCUCGGCCACGCUCUCUAAACUAGAGGAGAUCAAAGAGAAAACUGCCACAGGUUUGUCUCACAUCAUUGAGACCAGAAAGGUCCUCGACCUGAGGAUUAACCUGAAGCCGUCCUACCUGCUGGUACCAAAGUCCGGCUUCUACAGUGACAUGUCAGACCUCAUCAUCAUAGACUUCGGCAGUUUACAGUUUAACAGUGUUGAGCAAAGUGGUCCCACUUCAUCUUCAUCCUCCUUCUCCUCUUUGGAGGAGAUCAUGGAUCGAGCCUACGAGAGAUACAAUGUGGAGCUGAGACGAGUCCAGGUGCUCUACAGCAAGUCAGGUGAGGACUGGAAGUUGGCUCGGCUGCAGGCUUCAUCAGUCCAACACAUCCUCCAGCCGAUGGACUUAACUGUCCAACUGGCCAAGUGCAUGGUGGAGAAGGAUGCCAGGAUGCCCAGGUUCAAGGUGUCUGGUGAGCUGCCGCUGCUGAAUCUUAAGAUCUCAGACCAGAAGAUCCAGAAUGUUCUGGAGCUGGUUGACAGCAUCCCCUUGCCCAAUUUGGGCUCCUCCCCCUCCACCCCCACAGAGAAGUUGCUGUCAUUGGCACAGGCCAGACCGCAAGCACUCGGCCUUCCCCCCGCCCUCCUCGACACCAUGGAAACAGAUUCAGAUGAAGACACUAGUGAGAAGUCAACUGAUGAAGAUCACCAGCGCUUGGCUCUGGAGGAACUCACUGACGUUCACUUCAAAUUUGAAGUCAGAGAGGUGCUGUUGGAGCUUACCCAGCAGGUGGACCAGGAGAAGACCAUCCUAUCCUUCAGCAUCUGUCAGCUGGGGGCUGAAGGGAAGAGGCGUAGCUUUGACCUCAGCAUCACCUCAUACUUGCGCAGAAUCACGCUCGACUACCGUGGAGAUGGCAGUAAUCAUCCUCUACACCUGAUCAGCUCCUCGGAACAGCAGGGCUCCAACCUGCUGAAAGUGGAGUUCAUCAAGGCCGACCCCAUCGGUCCCAGCUUCCAGACUCUGUUCGACAACACCGAGCAAACACUGAAGGUGGAGUUUUCCUCUCUGCAUUUCCUCCUUCACACUAAAGCUCUGCUGUCAUCCAUCAACUACCUGAGCAGAGCCCUGCCGUCACAACUCACCACUGCCCGAGACCGAGAUGCCAAAAAACAGGUGGAGAAGUCGGGACAGGGCCGGACAGUGUCUAAAGAAGCCAGAGAUGGCGGUGUAUUCAGCUUCAAACUUUUUGCCAUGUUGGGUUGUUUCCACGUGGAAGUGUGUGAUGACCACUGCAGCAUCGCUGACAUCAGAGUCCAAGGAAUCGAUGCGUCGGUGUUGGUGCAGGCGAAGGAGACGGAGGUGUUCGCUCGACUCAGAGACAUUGUGGUCACAGACGUCAACCCCAGAACAAUCCACAGGAAGGUGGUGUCCAUCAUGGGUGAGGAGGUGUUCAGCUUCAAACUGUCCUUAUUUCCUGGGGCGACAGAGGGGGAGGGCUACAGCGACACUUCCAAGGUGGACGGGAAGGUCACAAUGCGUCUGGGCUGCAUCCAGAUAGUCUACCUACACAAGUUCCUCAUGUCACUGCUGGCUUCUUUUUGCUUUCAGUAUACGUCUGGUGAUGAGCUGUUUGUCGACAACUUCCAGACAGCUAAAGAAGCAUUGAGCGCUGCGACGGCUCAGGCGGCGGAGAAGGCAGCAUCCAGCGUUCGAGACUUUGCCCAGAAGAGUUUCCGUCUGUCUAUGGACAUCAAGCUGAAGGCUCCGCUCAUCAUCAUCCCCCAGUCCUCCACCUCCCAUAAUGCGGUGGUGGCAGAUCUGGGUCUGAUCACGGUGGAAAACACCUUCUCCUUGCUGCCUGUUGAAGUUUUCUCUUUGCCGGCUGUGGUGGAGAAGAUGGAUGUGAAGCUGACACAGCUGAAGCUAUCCAGAACCACACUGAAGCAAAACCCUUCUCAGCCGGACAUUGAGAUCCUUCAGCCAAUCAACUUAGAGCUGCUUGUCACCCGAAACCUGGCGGCUUCCUGGUUCACCAAGAUCCCCGGAAUCCAGGUCCAGGGAAUCCUCCGGUCCCUCAAUUUGAGUCUGGGUGAAGAAGACCUUGGUGUGCUGAUGAAGAUCCUGGUGGAGAACAUCGGGGAGGGAAAUAAAGAGCACAGCAUGGACGUCAAAAGACAGGUGGCUCAAGAGAAGGUGGAGCUCUCUGAGCAGCAAAUGGAAGUGGUGUCACUACAGACGGGAUCUGGUGCGAUACCCCCCACCAUCGGAGGUCUAUCUGAAAACACCAUCAAUGUUCUCCUCAACUUUGAAAUCAAAGAGGUGCUAUUGACCCUGAAGAAGCCCAGAGAGCAGAAGGAAUCGCCUUUCCUGGUCUUUCAUGUCGCUCACCUAGGCAUUGACACUAAAGUCAGGAAGUAUGAAAUGUGUGCCACAAUGUACAUCAACAAGAUCACCAUGAGGUGUCUGGAGUUCAAAGACUCAAAUGGCGAGCCAUUGUGUCUCAUCAGUUCUUCAGUGGAGUCUGGAGCUGAACUGCUGAAAGUGCAGUAUUUCAAGGCUGACUGCUCAGGGCCGAACUUCUCCACCACCUACAAGAACACAGAGCAGAUGGUUAAUGUGAUCUUCACCUCUCUCGACUUCAUGCUCCACACUGAGGCUCUGCUCUCAGCAAUCAACUUCCUUUCAGCAGCCCUAUCGUCUGGCAGCAUGUCGUCCACAGAGAGAGAGAUCAAACCAAAGACAGAGGACAAGACAGUGUCUGCCAAGUCCACUGCCCUGAUGUCACCUGCAGACAGUGAGGUCAUUGACCUGAAGGUAAUGGUAACACUGGGAGCUUUCAACGUUCUGCUGUGUGACCAGAGUUGCAACAUGGCUGACAUCAAGAUCCAAGGUAUUAAUGGCUCUUUACUAAUGCAAGGACCACAAAUGCAUGUAUCAGCUCGCCUACGAGAUUUCAUCAUUCUGAAUGUUGAUCCCAAAAGCAUCCACAAGAAGGCCAUCUCCAUCGUGGGUGACGAGGUGUUCAGCUUCACCAUGAGUCUGACUCCUAAUGCCACAGAGGGGGCUGGUUAUGCAGACACCUCUAAGACUGACGGCAGAGUUAAGCUGAACGUGGGCUGCAUCCAAGUGGUUUACCUGCACAAGUUCGUCAUGUCUCUGCUGAACUUCACAAGCAACUUCCAGACAGCUAAAGAAGCUCUGAGCGCUGCAACAGCUCAGGCGGCAGAGAAGGCAGCGUCAAGUGUUCGCGACUUAGCCCAGAAGAGUUUCCGUCUGUCCAUGGAGAUCAAGCUGAAAGCUCCGCUCAUAAUCAUCCCCCAGUCCUCCACAUCCCAUGAUGCACUGGUGAUGGACCUGGGUCUGAUCACAGUGAUAAACAGCUUCUCCCUGCUGCCUGUCAACGGGUGUCCGCUGCCAGCUGUCAUCGACAACAUGGAUGUCCAGUUGACGCAGCUCAAACUUUCUCGGACCUGUAUGCACCAGGUGUCAGACGGACCCAACAGUGAGCUGCUGGAACCAGUCAACCUGCACCUGAACAUCAGGAGAAACCUGGCAGCUUCCUGGUACAAGAAGAUGGCUGCUGUGGAGAUUGAUGGAGAUCUGAAACCCAUGAAGGUCGAUCUGAGUCAGGAGGACCUGAAGGUGCUGCUGAGGAUCCUGAUGGAGAAUCUGGGAGAAGCCAGCAGUCUGGAGUCCACCGCCCCAAAACAGGAGGCGGCCAGUCUGCAGCUCAGAGCAGCCGGAGCCCCCCCAGCAGGUGAUGUUGGGAAGCCGACUGUAAGCACUGAUGAAGAGGCAGAUGAAGCUCUGGAGUCCAUGAAGUUUAACUUCAACAUUGAGUCCCUUGGUCUGGUUCUGUACAGCAAUGACCCAAAACAGCCAUCUGGCCUCCAGCACCGGGAGAACUUAAGACUGGGUCAGUUCACCCUCCACCUGCUUAAGACUUCAGGGAGGAUCCUGGCCAGCGGCAGCAUGGAGGUGACCGCUGUUUUGACCGCCUGUACGCUAGAUGACCUGAGGACCGGCAUGGAGAGGGUGACCUCACGUAUGGUUGGGCGGAGAGACGAGGAAAGCUCGGAGUCGAUGAUAGAUGUGACGUAUCGACAGAGUGCUGGAGAGCGGGAGGUAGUGGCUGUUCUGCAGAAACUCUAUCUGUGUGCCAGCGUGGAGUUUCUGAUGGCAGUCACAGAUUUCUUCCUGCAGGCUCUGCCACAGAGCUCAGCUCCGACCACCACCUUGGCACCAAGCGACAGACUGCAGCUGAGACAGACAACCGAACCCCGAGCCGAUGCCAAGACCGCCCCCUUGGUGAGGACUCGUCUCCGGGCAGUGGUGGUGGACCCGGACGUCGUGUUUGUUGCCAGCCUGAUGAAGGCUGACGCCCCCGCCCUGGUAGCCUCGUUUCAGUGUGACUUCAUUCUGCAGGCUGAGGACGAUGGGACCCAGAACAUGAGAGCCAAUCUGAGGGAGCUGAAAGUCCUUGCCUGUCCAUUCAUCCGAAACAAGGAGUGCAAGGCCAUUACCACUGUAUUGAGACCCUGCUCAGUCGCCUUGAAAACCACAACCCACCCGAACCAACCACUGAGUGGCUCUGUGACAGUGGAGGAAGUCAUUGUCAAGAUCUCUCCGUUCAUCCUCAACACGGUGAUGACGAUAACAGCUGCCAUGACGUCAAAGCAGCGUGACGAGCAGAAUCAGGACUUGAAGUCUGGCAGCAGUGACCUGUGGACAGUUAUGAACAUCUACGACUGUAACUACUGGUUCCUUGGGGUGGACCAGGCCACCGAGAUCACAGAGAGCUUUAGGGAGAAGGAUGGACGCAACGAGGGUGAGAGCUUUGCCGCCGAGAUCAAGGUGGUCCAGGUGACUCUAGAAUCUGGUUUGGGUCAUCGGACCGUCCCUCUGCUGUUGGCUGAAUCCUCCUUGAAAGGAUCAGCCAAAAACUGGUCAUCUCUGCUGCAGCUGAGAGCUAACAUGACGCUGGAGGUCAACUACUUUAAUGAGAUCCAUGCAGUAUGGGAGCCUCUGAUCGAACGAGUUGACAGCAGCAGUCGCAGAUGGAACUUGGAGCUCGAGAUGAAGAACAACCCGGUCCAGGACAAGAGUCCCGUUCAUGGAGAUGACUUUGUAAUUCUUCCUGAACCACGCACAGCAAUCAACAUCUGUUCCAAAGAUACCAUGAAUAUCACAAUCUCCCAGUGCAGCCUCAAUGUCUUCUACAACCUCGCCAAGGCAUUUUCCGAGGGCACUGCCUCCACCUUUGACCUCUCUCUGAAGGAGAAGGCCCCUUUCACCAUCAGAAACUCUCUGGGGAUCCCCCUGAUUGUGCAGCACAGUGCCAACCUGAGGCCAGUGGGAUCACCAGCACAGGGAAAACUACAGGAGCUUUCGGUGGAUCAGAGCAUGGACCUUGAGCACUCCAUGUUCGAACCAUCGUCACGAGGCAAACUGUCAGCUCUACAGCGGCAAGAGAGUUGCCUGUUCAACCUCACCAUCGUGCCCACCGGAUAUAGCGAGAUCUCCAACAUCGCUUUGGACAAACCUGGCCGCCGUCUUUAUAACAUCCGUGGUCCGAUGCUGCAGGAGGCAGUUUCUGUGCUGCUUCAGAUCGACGCCACCGAGGGCAACAAGGUCAUCACCGUCCGCUCUCCGCUGCAGAUAAAGAAUCACUUUUCAGUGCCAUUUACCAUCCUGAAGUACUGUCCAGCAUCAAGGAGUCUGCAGAUCGUUGGAGAGGCCCAACCUGAGAGAGAGUUUCAUGUUGCCUUAGACACAUACAGAUGUCAGCUGUUUGUACGUCCAGCAGGUCAUCUGGAUGGUCAGUAUAGUCCAUCCUCCACCUGCGUGGCCUGGAAGGAGCAGGUGCACCGCAGCUUAGAGGUACGUUCAGUGCUGCAGUGUCCUGCGACUGACAACAGCCUGCUGCCGCUGAUGAUCAGCACGCUGGCUGUCCCAGACAACCUGCGACACAUCGCCAGCCACGGGGAGGAGGAUUGGGACCCCGCCUACGUCAUCCACUUCCACCCUGUAGCCACGCUACGCAACCUGCUGCCCUACACCGUUCGCUACAUGAUGGAGAGCUCAGCCGACUCUUACGAGCUUCAGGAAGGCAGCACGUCAGACCUCCUGACUGCCCGCGUCUCAGGUGAGAUUUUGUCAUUGGUGCUGAUGAGGUAUCAGGGCCGCGACUGGCACGGACAUGUUCGUAUCAAACAGGAUAUGUCUGAGUUCUUUGCCACGUGUCUCACCUGCGACUCGGACACCAACAUGACAGUGGACGUGAGUGUUCAUGUGACAAGGACGACGAGCCGCCUGGUGCUGUCGCUCUUCAGCCCGUACUGGAUCAUCAACAAAACGUCUCGAGUGCUGCAGUACAGAGCCGAAGACAUCAGCGUCAAACACCCAGCAGACUACCGAGACAUCGUACUGUUCUCCUUCAGGAAGAAAACCCUCUUCAGCAAGAGCAAGCUUCAGCUGUGCGUCUCCACCAGCUCCUGGUCUGAUGGCUUUUCUCUGGAUACUGUUGGAAGUUAUGGCUGCGUUCGCUGUCCCACCAACAACAUGGACUUUCUGGUGGGUGUUAGUAUCCAGAUGAGCAGUUUUAACCUGACGAGGAUUGUCACCAUGAGUCCUUUCUACACGCUAGUUAACAAGUCAUCCUAUGAGCUGGAGGUGGGAGAAGUCACCAGUCAGACCUCCACCAAGUGGCACUACAUCUCCUCCACAGAGUGCCUCCCUCUGUGGCCAGAGAACAGCUCAGGGAAGUUGUGUGUCCGUGUGGUCGGAUCUGAAUCCAUCUCCAAGUUCUUCUUUUUCAACAGGCAGGACAACGGCACCCUCCUGAGCCUUGACAUGUGUGGUGGGAUCAUCGUGGAUGUCAACAUCUCCGAUCACUCCACCAUCAUCAGCUUCAGUGAUUAUUAUGAUGGAGCAGCUCUCGCCUUGCUGCUCAACCACACACCCUGGGUCACCAUCAGUUACACACAGAGCGGCUCAGCGGUGGUUCAUGAGCUGAAACCUGGCCAGGCUCGGCGGUUUGCAUGGGACGACCCAGCGGGCAUCCGAACACUCAGAUGGAGCUGCAUGGAGCAUUCAGGAGAGCUGGACCUGCUGAAGGACGAGGUAGGUCAAUUCUCCUACGACAGCCUGUCUCAGGUCCACUGGGUUUCAUUCCUGGACGGAUGUCAGCGGGUGGUGCUGUUCACCGAGGAUGUCGGCGUGGUGACGAAGGCUCGGCAGGCCGAGGAGCUUGAACAGUUUCAGCAGGAAGUGAAGGUGUCCUUGCAAAACCUCGGACUCUCGCUGAUCAACAAUACCAGCAGGCAGGAGAUUGCUUACAUCGGCAUCACCAGCUCAGGUGUUGUUUGGGAGAUGAAGCCGAAGAAUCGCUGGAAGCCGUUCAGUCAGAAGAACAUCAACCUGCUUGAGAAAACCUACCAGAGUCAGCUGAGCGGGAAGAUGGAAGGGGGCUGGGUCAAACUGGAGACCAACCUGGAGGUGAACCUCAGCACCACCACCAUGAUGAUGCGUCAGCCAUUUUCCUGCCAAGUGAGGAGGAACUUCCUGUCUGGGAUCCAGGUGGAGUUCAAACAGUCACUGCACCAGCGCAGCCUGAGAGCUCAACUGCACUGGCUGCAGGUGGACAACCAGCUGCCAGGUGCGAUCUUCCCCAUUGUCUUCCAUCCAGUACCACCUCCAAAAUCCAUCGCUCUGGAUUCAGAGCCAAAGCCAUUCAUUGACGUGUCGAUCAUCACCAGGUUCAACCAGCACAGCAGUGUCAUGCAGUUCAAGUACUUCAUGGCACUGGUUCAGGAGAUGGCAGUGAAGCUUGAUCAGGGUUUUCUGGGAGCCAUCUUGGCUCUGUUCACACCUGCUGUGGACCCCCAGGCUGACAGACAGAAGUUGCAGCUUCUAGAAACAGAUCUGCAGCUGCUGCAGGCCGAGCUGAUGGAGGCAUCGCUCACUGACACGUCAGGACUCAGCUUCUUUGAACAUUUCCACAUCUCACCCAUCAAGCUCCAUCUGAGUCUGUCUCUGGGCUCCAGCGGUGAGGACUCAGCUCAGGAGACGGCAGCUGUUCAGUCUCUUAACCUGCUGCUGAAAAGUAUCGGAGCUACGCUGACCGAUGUCGACGACCUCGUCUUCAAACUUGCCUUCUUCGAGGUGAAGUACCAGUUUUACCGCAGGGAGAAGCUGAUGUGGGCGGUGGUUCGACACUACAGUGAACAGUUCCUGAGGCAGAUGUAUGUUUUGGUUCUGGGUCUGGACGUCCUGGGUAACCCAUUUGGACUGAUUCGAGGUCUAUCUGAGGGAGUGGAAGCCUUCUUUUAUGAACCUUUCCAGGGGGCUGUUCAGGGUCCGGAGGAGUUUGCUGAAGGUUUUGUGAUUGGAGUCCGCAGCCUGUUGGGUCACACUGUCGGUGGAGCUGCAGGUGUGGUGUCCAGGAUUACAGGUUCGGUAGGUAAAGGUCUCGCAGCCAUCACCAUGGAUAAAGAGUACCAACAGAAACGACGAGAGGAGAUGAACCGACCGCCCAAAGACUUUGGAGAGAGUCUAGCUAAAGGAGGAAAAGGAUUGCUGAAGGGGGUCGUCGGUGGAGUUACAGGGAUUGUCACCAAACCUGUGGAGGGGGCUAAAAGGGAGGGGGCAGCAGGUUUCUUUAAAGGCAUCGGUAAAGGUUUGGUGGGCGUGGUCGCUCGGCCAACAGGUGGCAUCGUGGACAUGGCCAGCAGCACCUUCCAGGGAAUCCAGAGAGCGGCAGAGUCAACAGAGGAAGUGACCAAACUUCGUCCAGUGCGUCUAAUCAGGGAGGAUGGGAUCAUCAGACCAUAUGACCUGAAAGAGUCGCAGGGUUUCGACCUUUUCCAGCGUUCAGAAAUCAAACAGCUGGGCGGUGAAGUGUUCAGAGAUCACUGUCAGUAUCCUGGACACAGAAAGACCACCAUAAUCGUCACCAACAGGAGGGUCGUGUGUGUGAAGGAGAUUGACUUUGUGGGUCAUUUUAACAAAGAGUGGGAGUGUUUGUUUGAGAACUUCUAUCGUCCUCCAGCUGUGAUGGGAUCUGAGCUGAAGAUCUACUGCAAGGAGCAGCAGAAGCUGAAGCUGCCAAAGAGAGACGAGGACUCAGUGAGGAGGAUUCAGCUCAGAGACUCAAACACUGCCCAGGCACUGCAGGUGGCCAUAUCAGACGCUCAGGUGGCGCAACAACAGCACCGCAUGGCGAGACAGAAGUCACAGCGCUUCCUGAAACUGGACAACAAACAGUGAGGUCACUUCCUGUCAGCAGGUGUUUUUUGUUUAUAUUAAAGAUGUUAAGGGUGGGUUUUGUGAAAGAUGUGGGACUGUUCCUUCAAGAAGCGUAGAAAAAGAUUAAAACUGACUUCCUGCUGACACAUCUGCUCAGGUGGAACCGUCCAUACAGAGCUCACUAAGCACUAAAGGUCCAAUCACUGUGAAGUUCAUCAUCAGUUGUUCUUUCAAUCAUUAAAGCUUAAUUGAAUCUCUUCUAUAAAACUUUAUUGUCUAUAUUUAGUUAGAAGUUAGGCUGAUCGCGAACAGUACAGGAAGUUGCUUAUUUAAAAAAAUUAAAGUCGUUAAUGGGGCUUUAUUCUGUCGAGGCUCUUAUUGUUGAAAUGAAUCAUGGGAUUGUAGGUUUUUUUUUUCAACAAUCACUUCCUCUUAAAGAAUGAAACUAAAUGUUAAAACUGGUCUUUAAUGAAGAUGAAACCUGUACAUAUUUUAACUUUCAAUAACCAUGUGUUGAGUCUUUUUUAUUUUAUUUUAAUUUUAUUUUUUUGACAGUUUGUGGGUGGUGGUUAUUUUGGAUCUUGCUGUUUGCCAGCAGGCUGCACUGUCACAUGUUUAAGAUGAAGCCAAAAAUGACAUGUUGCACUAAAAGAAUAUUCAAAGAAAUCAGUGUGUUGAUGAUUUUUCAUCUUAAGUCAAUCUAACAAUAAUAAUUCAGCAAGUUUAUUCAGUGAAACAGAACAGAAGAAAAACUACGAGAAAAUACAAGUAGUUCCAUAAUUUGUCCGAUUGAUGAUUGAGUUUGAUUCUUUCAUGAAUCAGUUUGACACAUUUACAAACUGUGUGAAAUUUGUCUGUUUGAUUUAAACAUGAUGCAAAGUGACAUGAAGAGAUAUUUUUACUUUCAUCUGUUUCUGUCUUCAUUGUUGACAUCUGUGCCAGGAGGUCUACUCAAAAAAAAAAAAAAAAAACCUGAUCUGUAACCUGAAUAAUUUUGUAUAAAGAUGAGAUUAAUGACAUCUGCUGGACUGUUUUUUUUAAGAGUGUACUUGAAUGAGACAUCACCAGCUGUCUUCACAAAACAUCUUCAUACAAGUACAGUCUUCUAUAACCAUCAAUAAAGAACCAAUCAGUUCAUCACUAAAACGAUCA